GUUAUAACGUAUAAUAUAUAUAGUUAUGUUCAGGUUUACAAAUAUGGGGUUUACGACUAUAUUUAUUACAGCUGUGUUGGUUCAGGAACAACGUGUACCGCAGCUGGUUGGGGUCUUAUCAGUGAGAGAGGAGUAGCAUCAGAGGAGUUAAAAGAGGUUCGUCUCCCAGUCCUAAGUAGCUGUUCUCGAACCUACAACAACAUUAGUUACCAGAUCUGUGCUGGAGCCUUACAGGGGAAAGACAGCUGUCAGGGAGAUUCUGGUGGACCGUUUUACUGUGAAUCUCCUAGGAAUAAAAAAGUGAAUUAUUUGGCUGGAGUUAUCUCUCAUGGAAAGGGGUGUGGAAGGCCUGGAGAACCAGGAGUUUAUGUGCGUCUCUCUGUAUACUAUGACUGGAUUACCCAAGUAAUGAAUGGAAGAACUGCUGUAGACCGUCAACUGAAACCUCUACAGGAUUGCCCUGGACUAAGAUGUGGAGGAUCAGGUGAAUGUGUGAUGGCUGAUUAUGUUUGUGAUCUUGAUGUAGACUGCUUGGAUAAUGGAGAUGUUAAAUACUGCACGAUGGUUAAUGGUAAAAUGGUUCAAGUAUUUCCUCCCGGAGUUGAUAGGAUGACAUUUUCUGAGGAAGAAGUUUACAAUAAGGCUGUCACUUAUUCUCCUGCUAUUCCACCCCCCUCAACAUCUUCUCCAGCUAUAUCUCCAGCUUCUAAUACUACCACUUCAAGACCUGUAGAGCAAACAUCUAAGCGUCCAGUGGCUUCGAGUACCUUCGUGCCUAGGUCUGAUCCUGGGUUUAACAUGAGUGUUGUUGUCUGCACCUCAGCUCAAUUCAGAUGUUUAACUGUAGAUCAGUGUAUACCAGUACAAAGCAGAUGUAAUGGACAUAUGGAUUGUCCAGACAAGUCUGAUGAGUAUAACUGCAAAUGCGCUGAUCUGAUGUUACAGAAAUUUCCAGGUAUUCUAUUUUGCCUCCAGUUCUUCCUGUUUUAUCGGAAACCCGGAUAUCCAGACUGUGAUGAUGGUUCUGAUGAGGCUGUUAGGAUUUGCGCCAUCAACCAGUUUAGGUGCCCGAUGAGUACAACCUGUGUUAAUGAGAGAAUGAAGUGUGAUGGUAUCAAACAUUGUCCUAAUGGAGAAGAUGAGCUUAACUGUGUUGUGCUGGUAAAUAAGAACUAUGUUCCUGUGAUGAACUAUGGGGAUAUUGUGAAGCAGAACAACGGGUAUUUAGUUAUACAGAACCGUGGAGAAUGGCGGCCAGUUUGUGUUCCAAAAUUUGAUGUCGAUCUUGCAAACACCAUUUGUAGCUAUAUGGGUUACUCCGGUGAAUCAAAUUUUACUCUUGGCCGGGAUCAGGGUAUGCCUGAAGGGUUUUCAAAGGAGGAUGCAAUCAGCAACCAAUGCUUCUUUGUCCAAGUUAAAUGUGGAUCUAUCAGAUGCGGGAGCAGGCCAAUGUUCAGGGAUUCUGAAGCCAGUCAGGAUAUGACCCUCCCGGGUGCCUUGCCCUGGUUUGUUGCUAUUUUUGUUGAAGGAGAACAUAUCUGUGACGGUUCUAUCAUUCAUGAGUCAUUUGUUGUUACAUCUGUUCAAUGUGCUCUCAAGAUCUACCAAGCAGAGACUAGAACUGGGAAUUAUAUAACUGCUGUAGCUGGACAGAGAAGGUUUACAGAUCUUGGAUCCUCUCCCCAUUCUCAGAUCAGAAGAAUCGUCAAGUUUAAGCAUAUCCCUGGAACAGAGAUCGCUGUUGGAUAUCUGGGAACCAAGUUUACUCUGACCUUCUUGAUUUAUUAGGAUAUCUGUGAACCAAGUU